GUCUGAGAUGAUUGUGGCCUUUAUGUAUGUUUAGCAGGAAACAGCAAUUGGGGGAAAUUAGCUAUUACCAGCAUUAAAAGCAGUCUUCCAUUAAACUGGGCAGAGAUUUUUCUCUAUUCAAUCAAUGUAAGCAGCAUAAUCUCUUGAAACAACAUAUUGAUGAGGGAUCAGAACUGCUGCUAAUAAAAUCACUUUCAUAAUCUAGUGAGCAUAUCUACCAGCAAGCACACCUUAGGGACUGGAGCAUGCUGGUUGUCCAGUGGGAGCCAUAAGGACAGAUGUAGCUGAACAUGUUUUUUUCAUGUUUUAUUACCUCUCCAAGAAAAGUUGCUCAGGUCAGGAUUCAAGCACUGCUCCUAUUGCACAUAUGCAUAGGGACGGAAGACAAAACUGAAGACAACUGAUCAGCUGUAGUAACCCAUGAAUGCUGUCUAGUCUGGAUGCAGGGGCUAGUUAGACCGAGGAGCUGGGAGCUGAGUCUGGAGAUCUCUGAGCUGGCAGCUGUAGGGGGUGCUGUGUGUAUGCCUUACCCAAAGCUGAGUAAGGGCCAAACAGUUUCUGCAUCAAACUGUCCAUUUGUUUUGAGUUCUGUGUGUAUGUAGUCAGGAUGCUUUCACCUUGUCACUAUAGCAGUGUGCUGAAAUAAACCUCUAGACCAGUGGUCAUUAGCCUAUCUGUAAGAACAAGAAGUGUGACAAAGUGGAGACAAACACAAAAAGUAACAUCUGAACUUGUCAAGUGCCGUUAUUUAGAGGAGCAGAGAUGGAGGAGAGGUCUCCUGUACUGAUAGCCUUUUGCUUCAAAGCUUUUAUCUGCUGGAGUUUCUGAUAUGCCUGCAAACAGCUGGGCAUCUUAGGCGUGGCUUAAUUUUAAAUCUGUCUAAUUCAGUUUUUUCUGGAACUAGUUUGGGUCUAGAGAGCAUCCCCUGGCAGUCCUUCCCCACCUUUACUCCAAAUUCCCACAUAACAUGCUCAAAUAUGUGAUCGUGGCUGCCUUUACCAAAAGUCUGUCUGGACAGAGUUUCAGGAAAAUGAAGUUAUGUUGUAGGCACAGCUGGUAAACACAGGCUGGGGUCAUGUUUGUUAGUACCAUAACAUCUUUUUUUCAGUUAUAUGUGAUAUCCUACCUUCUGCUUCACCAGACACCUUUGGUAAUAGAGAGCUGGCUGAACUUGACAGUGGCCAGCUGUGGGUUCUCAGCAGUGUGUUAUGUUAUGAGCUCAGGUAAUUCUGUGGGUUACCGUAAGCUAUUCAAAAAUUUGAGCUGCAGUGGACUUCCUAGUACAACUAUUACAGCAGUUAAUAGAGAAAUGAUCUCUAUUGUCUACACCAAGCAUGGAGGUCAGAUCAUCCCAUUUGAAAAUCUCUUAAUAUAGCUCCUUGAUAAAAGGUUGGGGGGAAGGUUUGACAUUGAAUUUAAAGCAAUUUGCAGCUCUCUUCCUCAGAGCUGUCCUUGGCAUUUGUUGCUCCAUUGCUUGCUGGACUUGUGCAUGCACCGGUCAACUCCUGAGUGUGUCUGCUAUGUUUUGAAUGAGGAGGUGAAAGUCAGGAGGUAUGUUUUGGACAAAGGCUAAUUUACAGCUCUCUUCUCUGCACAGAGAGCUCCCUACUAGAUCUCACAGGUCAGCAAGAGAUAAUCAGCAUGUCUAGAGCUCAUAUUCUGCUGCUGUGAAGUGGCUGAACAGGGCAGUGAGGAUUGAGGCAGAAUUGUCAGUUCUGUCAAUUAUAGCAGGAACAGACAAUGCUGUAUGUACUUACGUAACUUUCUAAACCCAAAAUCUGGAGUCACUCACUAGGCUGGUAUGUUUAAGCAAAUGUUUACUUUUCUCAAACAGCUUGCUCUCUUGGUGCCAUGAGCAUUUGAGGGGAAAAUAUCACAGAUUAUUUCUCUGUCUGAUGUUGCUUUUAAUAGACAUGUUUUCAUACACAGUGAGAGGUUUAACAUUUAUAUUCCCAAAGACCCAGGCAUCUUUUUCACUGCAUGGUGAUUAUUAUAUUCUUUCUAGACCCAUCUGUUAAGUGGCUGCAUUAGCUUAUGGGAUAGCACAGUCCCUUACUCACUGCUGCUUCUAUUUGCAUUGUUUCCUCUGCCUCCAUCUCGGCUCAGGGAUAGAUAAGUGAUCUGAGAUCAGCUGUGUUGACAGGCUUAACAUUAUCAUGGACGGCAAGGAAGUAAAACUUGGUUCUGUGAUCACCCUAGGAAGAUCCAUAUUUCAGGGCACUCUGACUUUUUUUUUUUUUUUUAAGCAGAGAGUUUCUUUUUCCUCCAGCAUCCAGUGCUUUAGAGAUAUUCUGCAGCUAUUAACUUCUGUUCUUCUUCCACCCUUUUUGUCAGAUCCCUUGCAGUGGUGGGGUGAAGCCAGGUGUCUUGGUUCAGCCUUAGUCUGUUUUGUCACUUUGGGAGCUGCUCGUUUGUUAUAGAACCUCAGGUUCCCAGGCACAUUCCCAUCCAAGCAUUGGGCACAGGGUGCAGAUAGGGCUGUGGCCUUCUGGCAGCUCCAUCUUGCAGAAAACUGCAGCUUAUAUCCCUCUGCUCCCUACUGUGACUUUUCUUGCUCAGACAACCUGGCUGAUGCUCAGGUUCAGCUCACUGUGCAGAGGGAGGACUGGUGCUCUCAACAGGGUGAACAGAGAGGGCACAGUGAGAGCUCUGGCUUUCCACUGAGGUUCCCGGCACACACCACCAAAAUCACCCCUUUGCCCUGUGAUACCUACCAGAGACUGGUGCUAAAGCAUUCUAGAUUGUUCCGCAGUAAAUUAAACUCUGCUGGAGAUUGUUCUCUACAUCUACAGAAACAGGUAGUCUGGGGUCUGAAGAAAUUCUCACCUGUUUGUUUGCUCAAUGCCAACAUGAGCAAUGACUGGAUGUAGCCCCUGCCACAGGCCUUCCAGUGAUUGCAAUGGGCUCAAGUCUUUUAUAAUGUGGAUGGGAAACACCUGACGGCUUGCAGGUAGUAACAGAGUUGUCUUGGUGAGGGGUAAAAAUAUUGUUUGUGCUAGACCGUAUUCAUGGUGUAAAUUGAAGCAAUUCCAUUAUAUUCCCUAAGAUUGUUUUAGGUUCACAGAAACAGGUUCAGGACCAUUUCUGUCCGUGUUACCUAAGAAUCUGCCUGAUUUCUUCAGUGUUAUAUUUAGAAAAAUGUCUACUGGAUAGUCUUGCACUUUAUUGUGCCUGUCACUUCUUCGGUUUUGAAUGCUGUGGCUGGGUCACCUUGAAGUCUUCCCUCUAGUGCUGAGAAUAAGUUUGAUUUCCUUAGUCUUUUCUCAAAGCAGAUAUUAAAGCCAGGGGCUGUCCUCAUUUCUCUACUUUGCACAGACUCCCUUGGGUUCAUGUUACCUUCCUCAGCGAGGAUGUCCAGGGCCAGAGUGACUUUUGGAGAUGUGGUCUAAGCAUUGACUGCACGAAGCACCAAGGCACGUUUUCCAUCUCUGACAGUCCUUCCAGGGGGCCAAGGAGGCUCUGCUGGUGGUUGAGGGUGGUAGGUGAGCAGAUGCAGCCCCACGUGGUGCUUCGUGCCUGGGUGGAUUCCUUGAAGCCCGUCUGUCCAUGAAAGUUGCUCUCUGAAGGUGGGCUGGGAUAUCAGCACCCAGGGGCUGGCUCAGAGCAGCGCACACACUGUCUGUUCCACACGUGCUUGCAUUUCCUGCUGUGGGUGGCCGCAGUGUCUUCCGCAGCCUGCUGCUUCUGGUUUAGGGCUGCCCUUCACGUGAAAGGGUGAGGCAUAUGCUUUUGAUCUUCCCACAGACACUGGAAUACUUGCACAUCCAUUCAGAAUAAAGCCUGUAGGCAGCAGUUAACUUCUGGAUACUGUUUCUCAGUGAGAAGCUCUACCUCUGCCCUUUUUUAGCAGCCUGGAGUAUGUGCACUUUCUUUGUGCUGCACAACUACAGCAAUGACAGAUAUUGCCUUACCCCCACUGAUUUUCCCAAAUCCAGCUGGAAAAUUUAAUGUCCUGCUGAUGAAGAAAGAUGGCUGCUAUCUCAUGCAAAUGGUUGCAAACCACCUGCAGGCUCAUGAGAGUGUUGCUGUAAUAGUUACACAUUAUACAGGCUUAGUCUCCAUUCAUGUUUGCAAGAAUUUUGUCUACCAAGAGGUGAUAAAAACUUAUUAUUUUCCCCGAGAUACAGCACUCAUGUGGGAAGGUCUGUCUCGAGAGUGAAUUCAUUUUUCAGUGGAUGUGGAUCAGGCCCUUGACGCCAGCAGUUCAAAGCAGACUUUUCCUUUGAGUAUUCACUGACACUUUUUAACAUCAGGAUAUUUAUAGGUGCAAUUUUCUUGGAAAUCUACAGAGGAGGGCUGGAAGUGUCUGAGAAGUUUUGUUUGUCAGCAGUUUAUGUUGCUGUGGAAACGCCUUAAUAGGGCCUGGGAAAACUGCCUGGAGAAAAAGGUGGUUGCCAAAGGUGCUAACAGCAAUGUGCAUCUCUUGUUGGUUCCUGGCUUACCUCAACCUAUAUGUUGGGCACAUGCUUCACAACAGCUACUGUUGUGUCAUGAGGGUGACACAUACUUUGUGCUUCUGAUCAUGAUUUGCUUCCAUAAACACUCUGUCACUCUUCUGAACACGUACUCCCUGCGAGUCUUUCCUCUGAUCCUGGAUGAUAUGCUGGGUACCAAAGUGGUGUUGGAGUCCUCGUGAGUGAGUUUCUGGCUGUGAAGGUAAGUAGCAACAUUAGUGAGGGUGAGAGGGAUGCUGAUGAGAUCUCAUGUCUCAAAAUGAGUUACAGUGACUUGAUGAAUGUGCUUGCACGCAAACCUGGCCUUUUUCUAGCAGAGCUGACUAGGUAGACUUGCUAUUACAUAGCCCUUUGGCAAGUGGAAGGCUUGGUGAGGAGGGGUCAGCUUCUGAAUCAUCUUGUUAGCUUAUAAAGCAGACACAAAUCUGCUCCUUGCUGUUCUUUUCCUGCCUUUUUCUUUUUUCCUCCUGCCCUGGAGAAAAGUACUUGCAGGAAUAGAGCAGAGCCAGGGGAAGCACAGAUGGAUUUCCUCAGUGACAAAGCAGAAUGAGGGCUGUGUGUGACUGCCAGACUUGUGGCACAACUGCUGGGUGCAGGGUUCACUGUGCUAUGGACUGGAUGCAGCAGGCACAAAGGGUGUCACAGCUGGUUGCCUGAGAGAUGUGAUGCAGCUUUUUCCUUACGGGUGGCAAGUAGGUGCCUCUCUCACUCCGCUGUUGCAGGCUGCUGGAAGUGGCAUUGGUGGGUUCUCCCUGCUGCUGUUUUUUCUUUUUUUUUUUUUUUCCCUUUAAACAAAUGGAAAGGUCACAGUCUCAUGAGCUGUCUGAACUGUGACAGGGAAUCCGACAAAGGCAUCUAUCCAUGGAUGAGCCUAAUGAAUUUCCCUCAUGCUGAAGAGGAAAGAUCACCCUUAUCAGAUAUUCCCUCUGUCUGAUGACAGGAUUCUGUCCAUCACAGCAUUGUUGUUCCCCCCACGGUGGAUCAAGAGCUGGGAGGAGGAAGAUAUAAAGCUUCAUGGGAGGUCUGCAAGGCGAACAGAAGACAGGAUCUCUCAGGCCUUCAGGAAUGCAUCACUGGGUUCAGCCACGGGUGAGAGGUUUGUUAUCCCCUGUGUUGUAUCUCAGUGGAGUGUCUGGAGUGGCUGCGCGGAGCCGUGCAAGACAACGUACCGUGUUCGGAGGAGGCACGUCAUCCAGGAGCCCAGGAACGGAGGAGAGGCGUGCCCUCCUCUGGAGGAGAGGGCUGGCUGCGUGGAGUACUGGACAUGGCAAGGAACAGAGUGCAAACAGUCCCUGAUCCCAGCAUUAAUAACAACAGGAGGGUUUGGAAAAGCGAGGAAAAAAAGAGCCACGGCUGAUGGCAAUGAAAGAGCAGGGUACUGUGUUGAAUUCCAGCUUGUGGCCAUCAUGCCAGGCUGCUUGCACAGCCACCACUCAUACACUCACUGGAUGCAGUAUCUCAGGGAGGGCCACACCGUCUGUGUGGAGUGUCAGCACCCGGCUUUAGACUCCAGAAGUCUACAUUGUUAUGGGGAUGGCAGUGGAAGCAAAAACAAUCAGCUGUUGCACUGGCAGGCGGUAGGAAAUCCUCGGUGCAAGGGAACCUGGAAGAGAAUUCGCCAGCUGGACACUUGCUCCUGUCCUUCUGUUCACAGCUUCUUGUUCAUCUAACCUGCUGACAGUCCCAGCAAGCGAGUGCUGUGUUGGCUUGUCUGGCACCAAUGUGCAGCAGCAGUAGGAGCCACAACCAUGACUUCUCUGUGUCAGAGGCCAUGCCACUUACUUUCAAGAGAUUGCUGUCCGUACUGAAGUAUCCUGAAUCCUCUCUGUCUCUGUCUACUCCUUGAUUCCCAAAGAAAUCAGGCUGGCUGUGAAGUGCCAAUCUCUUUUCUGCCCAUCCAUCCCUGAGGAAGGCCUGUCUGACCCUGAUGACUUCUUGAAAAUUCCCCCUUUCUUGAGAGGAAUGAGAAUUCACCAAAUAAGAAAUUGGACAACAAAGGCCAUAGGAACCCAGGUUUAAUUAUUAUUUUCCUAAAGUCUCAAUGAUCAACAACACAAAAUAAUCUAACUCAAGUGCCUUCUUUUCAUUGCAGUGGCACUUCUUUGUGGAUGCUUUCUGCUUGUGCUUAUAUAUAUCUUUUCCCUUUGUUUUCACCCUCCCUGGUCUCGUCAUUUCAUAUUGAUCCUCAGUCUUACAGACUCAAUCUCGUGCUGCUGAGAUAAUGGCAAAACUUAGAAAUGAGCCUGUUCAAAUCUGUGAGAAUAGAAGGUACCAGGGAUAAAUGGGCCCCUGGACUUCAGGUUUCAAGGAGCAUCUCCGAGUUGCCCCAGAACACAGUGGAGUACUGGGGCUCUAAAUAGAAAGUCAUCCCAGCUGUACCAGGAGGACUAGUUAUAGCCUUGUGUUUUCGACUGGAAAAUAUUUGAAAUAUUUUCUUUAUAUCUGCUGAUUUAUAUUCAUACUUUUCAAUAAAUGAAAAUAAAGGACAUAGAGACAUUC